AUGCUGCAGCAACUGUGGGCGGCAAGAUGCUCUUGGGAUGAACCCAUUCCAGUCGAACUUCUCGAGAUGUGGCGAUACUAUCACCGACAACUCCCGGAAAUUGAGAACGUAUCUAUCCCACGUUGGACUCAGAGCGGUCAUCACUCGCUCCAUCAAGAGCUGCAUGGAUUCUCCGACGCGUCAACCAAGGCGUAUGCCGCCGUAGUCUACCUUCGAGUCAUCGCUGUGGACGGUACCAUCACAGUCACCCUGCUGGCGGCCAAAUCCAAGGUCGCUCCGAUCAAGACGAUGACUGUCCCGCGACUCGAACUCUCGGCUGCUCUAUUGCUCGCCAGACUCCUGCAUUUUAUUUGCACAUCGCUCGAUCUAGACGCAAAAACCACACCAAUUCACUGUCGGACUGACUCCCGCAUCACCUUAGCGUGGCUGAGUCGCGCUCCAGCCUAUUGGAAAACCUUUGUGGCCAAUCGGGUCGCGGAGAUUAAAACGUUGCUCCCCAAUGCAAUCUGGCAUCACGUUUCCACGAACAAAAAUCCGGCGGACUGCGUGUCGCGCGGAAUAUCUCCCGAGGAGCUCGCGUCAAAUACCCUGUGGUGGUCGGGCCCCUCCUGGCUCGCCAAACCAGAAGAGCACUGGCCGACGAGCGACCAACAUCUACCACCCGUUACCGCUCUCGAGGAACGGUCACGUCACGCGGUAGUUCACACGACGACAGCU